AUGAUUAAUUCAGAUUUAAUUAGAUUACUAAUACUUAUAUCACUUCCAUUUCUUAUAGAAAAAGGACGUGAUUUUAUGAGACACAGAGCAUUAAAUCUACAAAAACCCAAACGAAAUAAAACAAGAUUAGAUUAUUUUAUAAUAUCCUUAUUAACAAGUAAUAGUAUCUUGCAAAUUAUAUUUGCGAUAUGGUUAAAACCACCAAACAUAUUCAAGGAUACAGGAGUACCAUUGAGGAUAUCAACAAAUAUAUUAAUAAAGAACUUGGCAGAAAAUAACAAAACUUUUGGAGAUAAUGAAAAGAUAUUAUUAAAAAAAUUUGAAUCUUAUGAAAAUAGAUUAAUAUAUGCGACGUAUGGGGAAAAAGCACUUCUCGAUUGUUCAUAUUGUUCUAGUUUAACCGAUUAUUUAAUAUUUAUCAUACCUAAUAUCGCUUGGUCUUAUGUUAUCAUGUCGAUUAUACUUGGGGUUGCGACAACUUUAAAACGUAAAGCACAUUGGAGAACUUAUGGAGUAAUUUGGUUAUUAGGUAGUGGAUUUUUAGAAUUAUACAUGUUCAUUACUGUUGACUUUUCUAAUCUUGAUAGUGGUGGGAAUAUAGGAUUUCUUUAUUGCACGAUAGAUUUUUACAGGAAAUUAUCAUUUUCUGUGUUAUGUUUGGCGAUAUUAUUUUUUGAUAAAAUUGAUGAGAGAAAUAACUUGGAAAUAUUAACCGAUGUAUCGAGGAAAUUAGAAUCAAUAAUUUACAGAAGUAGGGCUUUGAACAUUCAACGUACAAGUGUAUUAAAAGAUUCUAAUUUAAGGAGAUUAUUUAUAGAAUAUUAUAAGAGGGUCGAGAUGGAUGAUAACACGGUAUCAUCAGAUCCUGAAUAUAAAGAAGUUAGGGAGAAAGCUUUAUCAAAAUUGAAUGUAGAAAAAUUAAUGAAAGAUGCGGAAUGUUAUGUUGAAGAUAUUAAUACGUUAAAAGAAUCGGAAACUGAUAGUGAUUUGGCUGUUGGUAUACAAUCUACUUCUUCAAUGUCAUCUACCGCUUCUUCCUUCUUACAUAUAAAGAAAAUGCAAGGGAAUUAG